AUGACUUCGAAGCAUUCGGAUUUCAGCAUAAAUCUGUUGGAAGCCCGCCUCGAACAAGCAGACCUCCUCAAGAAGGUUGUCGAUGCCAUCAAAGAUCUCGUUCAAGACUGCAACUUCGACUGCAAUGAUUCAGGAAUCGCGCUCCAAGCUAUGGAUAACUCGCACGUUGCGCUCGUAUCGAUGAUGCUGAAGGCUGAAGGAUUUUCUCCUUAUCGAUGUGACCGCAAUGUCGCCCUCGGUGUCAAUCUCACUUCUCUCACAAAGGUUCUACGAGCUGCGCAAAACGAGGAUAUCCUCACCAUCAAGGCCGAGGAUGCACCAGAUGUUUUGAACUUGGUAUUUGAGAGCAGUGAAAGUGAUCGUUUGAGCGAAUAUGAUUUAAAGUUGAUGGAUAUCGAUCAAGAGCAUUUGGGUAUCCCUGAUACAGAAUAUGCGGCAGUCAUCAACAUGCCAAGUUCGGAGUUCAAGAGAAUCUGUGUCGAUCUCAUGGCUUUGUCCGAGUCUGUGUCGAUUGAGGCUUCAAAAGAUGGUGUUAAGUUCUCCUGUGCUGGAGAUAUUGGCAAUGGUGCUGUCACCCUUCGCAGCCAUAGCAAUGUCGACAAACCAGAUCUUAACGUUGAUAUCGAGCUUACCGAGCCGGUCUCCUUGACCUUCUCCCUCAAAUACUUGGUCAACUUCUGCAAGGCUGCUGGUUUGUCCAAGUCUGUUAAACUUUGCUUGUCUAACGAGGUUCCUCUUUUGGUGGAAUACCAGCUUGCCGGAAGCAGUUACUUAAGAUUUUACUUGGCACCAAAGAUUGGUGAUGACGACAUAUUCAAUAUGGCGCGUGGGUUGGUUUAUGGAUAUGGACAAUGGUCGUGUCCUCUCUUCUUCACGAAGCAACAUCUCCGCCAAAUCAGCAAGAUGUCUGAAGAUUUCCCCGUACCAGAUACACGAGUUCUUGCUGUUGCCAGUCAUGUUGUUUACGGAUAUGUCGGAAAUACUAUGGCCACGUUCGUUAUGCAAUCUCUCGGAUGCGAAGUUGCUGCUCUGAAUACAGUACAGUUCAGCAACCAUCUAGGUUAUGGACAAGCUAAAGGCACACGCGCUACCGCGACUGAGAUAUCGGACCUCUAUCAAGGACUCAAGAACUCAUACCUCGACGAUUUCAAUAUGAUGCUCUCGGGUUAUCUGCCUGGAGCCGCAUCUGUGGAAGCCGUUGGCACAAUAGCACGCGAUCUGAAAUUAAAAACUACAAUGAAACCCGGAAGCUUCUUCUGGGUGUUGGAUCCGGUCAUGGGGGACAACGGGAAAUUAUAUGUAGCGGAGGAUGUGGUGCCAGCUUAUAAAGCAUUGAUCAAAGAUGCGGAUUUGAUUUUACCAAAUCAAUUUGAGGUUGAGACACUAUCUGGUGUCAAAAUUCAGGAUAUGGAUACACUUAAAUUGGCCAUAACGACAUUACACGAAGUAUAUAAAAUCCCUCAUAUAAUGGUCACUUCCAUUUCACUUCCAUCUCCCGGUGCGGAACCCCAUCUUUCCGUCGUAGGCUCGACUAUGACAUCGACAGCCGAACCUAGAAUUUUUAGCAUCAAAAUACCGGCGAUUGAUUGCUUCUUUAGUGGAACAGGUGAUAUGUUUGCAGCGCUCAUGUUGGUGAGAUUUAAAGAGGCAGUAUGUAAUGUGGAAGGACUAUUGGAGAAAGAUGCGUGGAUUAGUGACGAUGAGGUUGAGGCUACCGAAUUACCGCUUGCGAGAGCCACUGAAAAGGUUUUGGCUAGUAUGCAUGAAGUGCUUGCGAAGACAAAGAUCGCAAGAGACGAGGAGAUUGAGAAGUGGAAGAAUGUUGUCGGUGGUAGGGCAAAGGAUGAGGAUUCUAAGAGAGAGGGGUUGGUCAGGUCGAAGGCGGCUGAGGUGAGACUGGUUAGGAAUGUGCACUUUCUGAAGAAUCCAGUGGUGAAAUUUAGAGCAGAAAGUGUUUAG